AUUGCAAAUUCGUUUCUCCUUUGUUCACGCGAUUCUCUCUCUCUCUUUCUAAACCGCGAGUUCCUCUGGCUUUCGAUAUGGCCGAAGUGGAGGUGCAGCCACUUCCAUUCCAGUAAAGAAUCUCCACUGCCGCCGCCGCCGCCGCCGCCGCCUCUUCUUCUUCUUCUUCUUCGUCGAUACCUGCUGUUUCCUCAUCCCAUCGGUUCUUGCCCCCAUUUCCGUCCGUCCGUCCGUCCGUCCGUCAUGGACUCCGCCAUCUCGUCCCGACCAUCCCGUCUCUCCCUCGUUCGGCGAACUGACCGCGUCUGAGAAUCGGAGCGACCCCGCCGCUGAUAUUCGACGGAGCGAUUCGGUUGGGUUUUGCGAUUUCGGUGUGGCUUAGGAGAGAGACAUGUCUCUGAGAAUAAAGGCGGUGGUGGACAAGUUUGUGCAGGAGCUGAAGGAAGCCCUGGAUGCGGACAUUCAAGACCGCAUCAUGAAGGAGAGGGAGAUGCAGAGUUACAUCGAGGAGCGCGAGCGCGAGGUUGCCGAGCGUGAGGCCGCUUGGAAGGCCGAGCUUUCUCGUCGCGAGGCAGAAAUUGCCCGACAAGAAGCAAGACUGAAGAUGGAGAAAGAAAACCUCGAGAAAGAGAAGAGCGUUCUGAUGGGCACUGCAUCUCAAGAUAAUCAAGAUGGAGCUCUUGAAAUCACCGUGAGUGGCGAGAAAUACAGAUGCCUCAGGUUUGCAAAGGCGAAGAAAUGAGGCAUUCAAAAUGAAAAUCCCCUGCGCAGCGGGAACAGAGAUGUUCUGCCAUUUGGAGCCAUAGCGUUGAAUUGCUCAUUUAGGACUUGUCUCUAGAUUGGCAUUGUUCAUGUACAGUGGUUUCACAUCCACAGAAUUGGUAAUUUUCGUAGUCGUAUGAAGCGGUUUCUCGAAGCAUGGUUGCUAAAUGUUAUUUCUCUCGGGAGAAGUUAAGGGAAGGUAGCACAAAGGCUUGCACAAUGCAAUGCGCCAUUCCGGUCAUGUUCUUGGGAGAAAAGAAGUAUGCAGCUUUUAGUAACUUGCAUAUAUUCUGACUUCACAAGGAGGCGAAGGCGACAGUCUUCCAAUAUUUUCAGUUUGGUCAAAAAUGCUAUGCUUAUUGAUA